CAGGAGCGCUUAACAGCAGCAACAGUCAAGAGACGAUGGUACGCGGUACAUGCUGAUCGAACGUUUGCAUGGAAUUUGAACGAACGAAGCCAUGAAUGCGCUCGCUCGCUCGACCGCUCAAGCCUUCAUCAAGAUGUCCUCGACAGCUUCGCUUUGAUCGAUGGUCUUGACCUUUACCUUCAAUCGAGCCCACUUGGACGAGUGCAAAUAUCGCAAGCUCAUCGGCCUUGCAUAGUUGAUGAUAGCGAGGUGCUUUGCAAGUCCGCUUGCUCGACUCGCUAAAAUACCACAUCCAGAACUCGCUGCCCAGCUUUUGAGCGCCCGAAUCGCAAGGCCUAGUCUUCCAGCGCACACGCUGCACACAUCGCCGACCGCGAUGGCUCCGAAACGAGCAGCUAGCAGACGCUCGGAGCAUCCUCCAUCGGAUGCGGAGGAGGAGGUGAUGGAUCCCAAGCUGGAGCCGGGAGGCGAAGAUGGCGGCAAAGGAGAUGAGCAAGAAGCCCCGCCUGCCAAACGCAGCAAGAAGGAGGCUGGUGGCGGCAAAGGUGGAGUCAAGAAGGAGGAAGGUAUGAAGAGGGUCACGCAGGUCAACAUUGCUUCGGAUGCAGAGCAUCGCUAUCACAGGACAGGCGUGCAUGAGGGCAUCAAGUGGGCCACCAACGAUCUCAAUCAGACAAAGGACAAGCACUCUUUGCCCGAAGAUGUGACGCCGCGCGAGACGCUGACUCGAGCGCUCAAGAAGCAAGGCAGCAGGCCGAAAGAUCAUGCGAAGGGCAACGUGGUGCAUUGGAUGGGAAUGAGGGAUCUGAGAAUCGAGGACAGCAGAGCUUUGGAAGCUGCGAGUCAACGAGCAAAGCAGAAUGACUUUGUCCUUCGAACACUCCGCAUCUUGCAAAAAGAGCUGGCAGAGCUCAACAUUCCGCUCGCAAUCGAAAGUACCGACGAUCGCAAAUCGAUAUCGCAGCGUGUGCUCCAAAAAUGCAAGGAGUGGCAGGCGUCGGAUCUGUUUGCCAACAUCGAGCACGAGGUGGACGAGCUGUGGCAGAAAUCGAGCGCUGUGUCGGGAGCGCACGAAUACGGCGUGCACGCUGAAUGCUUGGAAGACGUCUACGUCGUCCCGCCCGGCAGCGUCAAAACGAACGAUGGCAGGCCGUACGGCGUCUUUUCGCCCUGGAACAAAAAGUGGACGGAGCAUCUUCGGCAAAACCCUGAUCUGCUCGAGCCUUCGGAAAAGCCUUCCGAGAACGAUGCUAGUGCGCGCAAGGACGAAAAGUUGAGAAAGUUAUUCGAUGCAAAGGUGCCCAGCUCGGUCAAAGGAUUCGAGUGUGUGGAUCGGGAAUACAUGGAGAAGCUGUGGCCGGCGGGCACAGAGUCUGCGCGUCGAGUGCUGCAGCUCUUUCUGAACAGCAAAGGAGGAGAGGUGAAUCCGGAACCAGCAGCUGCAGAAGCCAAAGGCAAGCAAGUGGGAUCGCAGGACAAGGCGUCCAAGAUCGCGCAGUACGGAUCAGCACGCAACCUCAUGUCCGAGCACGGAACGUCUCGAUUAUCUCCCUACCUCUCGGCUGGACUCAUUUCUGCUCGCGAAUGCUUGCGAGCCCUCAAAGAGACCACGGGCGGCAAGUUGCAAGUGGGAAGAGAUUCUGGUCCGGCCAUGUGGGCCACCGAAAUCUCCUUCAGAGACUUUUACGGUCACGUCCUCAGCGCUUGGCCUAGAGUGUGCAUGAGCCGUGCGUACCUUCGAAAGUACGAGAAUGUCAAGUGGGAAUACAACGACGAGCAGUUUCAGGCUUGGAAAGAGGGCAAGACUGGAUAUCCGAUUGUAGACGCGGCAGUCAGACAAGGUGCUAAACAAGGAUAUAUGCACAAUCGUGGCAGAAUGAUCGUGGCGAUGUUUCUGACGAAGCAUCUCAUGUUGGAUUGGCGCAUGGGAGAGCAGUGGUUCAUGCGCUCCUUUAUUGAUGGAGAUCUAGCGAGCAAGUACGUUUGGCUUUUGUGCGAUUGGAAACGCUCCAGACACGUGGUUGACAGUGUCUCUCCGUGUUCAAAACAUUUCAAAAACUCAAGCAAUGGUGGUUGGCAGUGGAGCGCCUCGCUCGGCACCGAUCCCCAACCCUACUUUCGCAUCUUUGCUCCCACAUCCCAAUCGGAAAAGUCUGAUCCGGACGGCGAGUAUAUCAGGCAUUGGGUGCCCGAACUGAGAAACGUCAAGGGCAAGGCUAUUCAUGAACCUUUUACCAGGCUGGGCAAGGAAGAGUUCAAGAAGCUCGGAUAUCCUGAACCCAUCGUCGAGCACAAGUGGGCAAGGGAGCGUGCUCUACGCAGAUUCAAGGAUCCUGGAACGGAGUGAGGAUGACGAGUCGAUGCGCGUGUGACCGGCAUUGAAUGGUUGCGGUCCACGGCCAUUGUCUGGAGACGGAAAUGCGAUGCAAAGACGUUGGACGCGUUGUGGCAUGAUGACUCGAAGCAGAUGGACGUGUGUCUUGUGCAGUAUAGUCAUCGAGGAGCCCUGAGCACAUCUGAGGCGUAAGCGUCACGCGUGACGCGCGAAUACCACUCAGCAGCGUCAGCAUCAGCGUCAGCAUCAGCA